AUGGACGGGCCGGGCCGGGCCGCGGAGCCCAGCGGAGGGGCGGACGAUGCGGCGGGCGGGCCCCGCUGGCCCCCGGCCCCCGAGGAGGGCGCAGAGCCCCUGGCAGAGCCGCAGUGCGAGACACCCCCCGGGACACCCCCGGCCGGCCCGCAGCCGACCCCUCCCCCGACGGUCCUGCCCACCCUCCUGGCCUACAGACCCGAGUCCUCAGAGGCAAACGUACACCACGAGGCAGAGGAGGAUGCUGAGCCAACCUGCGAGUACUGUGGCAACCUGCUGAGGCCGUUCCCCUUCUCCCAGGAUGUGCCUCUCUCCGAGGACCAGGAGGACAAAUUCUGCUGCAAGCGCAGCCGGGAGCUCUAUGAGUUCAUCAUGAAGGAGAAGAAGAAGCUCGAGGAUGCCAGCAGCCUUCCCAGAGCUGUCAGCACCCAGGAAUCCCUCAGCUCUGAAGCCAACCUGCUGCUGUCAAAGGAGCAAGACAGCCAGAGGCAGCAGAAGAGACACCUGGCUAGAGAGUUGGCUGACCAGUCUUUAAGGCUGAGUGCCACUAAAGGGUUACAGCAAGCUGGAUCCGCUUCCUACAAGUCUUCCCAGGAACGCACGUCUCCCAAAGGCAGGACACCAGCGCGUCCUGCAAGCGCAGCCAAGCACGAGCCCUGGGCCAAGGAGAAGCACAAGCUCGAACCUGAGCCCUGGUCCAAGGAGAAGCACAAGCUCGAACUCGAGCCCUGGCCCGACGACGAGAAGCCUGAACUAGAAUCCCAGCCCAAGGAGGAGUCUGAACUGGAAUCCCAGCCUAAGGAGAAACCUGAACUGGAACCCCGGCCCGAGGAGGAGCUUGAGGAAGAGCCCCAGCCCGAGGAGGAGUCUGAGCUGGAGCUUUGGCCUGAGGAGGAGCCCGAGCUGGAGAACGAGCCCGAGCUGGAGAACGAGCCCAAGUCCCAGCCCGAAGAGGAGCGUGAGUCCAAGAAAGAGCGCAAGCACGACAAGAAGCCCGUGUCCCGCAGCAUCCUCUGCUACGAAUUCAGUCUGCUGGGGAAGAAGGUGGGGAAGGGUAAACUGGUGCAGAAGUACUACAAAAAUGGAAAGAAAUUCCUUACCAUGCUCCCAGACGGAACAUCGCAGUUAUUCUAUCCAUCUGGAAACCUGGCCAUCAUCAUUGCACAAGCCACAGACCAGCUGAUGUGCAUAGUACAGGAAGACGAGCCAAGGACAGCCAAAAUCCGAGCACUGUUUCAGUCUGAUGGCAGGAGCACAUGCUAUUACCCUUCCGGAGAUGAGUGGAUAAAUAUGAGUAUGCAGGGUGGGCAGUAUUUGGACCAAGCAGGCAACAGGGUAAGAAGGUGGAUGUGGCCAAACUUGUUACCAGAGCCCCAGGUCCCACUGAGCCCCAUUUUCAUCUCACUGAACCACUACGUGGGGGUCAGGAUCCUGGCCCAGGACAAGAUCUUCGUCUCCUUCCUCGCCAUGGGGCGACAAGCAAAACUCAACAUGGGAACCAAAGUGCAGGUAAUUGUUCCUGUGCUGAGCCACUCCCCACAGCGGGAGCGGCGCAGCCAGGGAAGCUCCCCUCCCUCUGUGCUUAUCCUGUGGCGGAUGCUCCCUAUGUUGUCCCAUGCUCCGUCCCCAAAAAGAAAGCUGUGGAGAUGCACAUAUUCCUGCCACUCCUACGGAGAUGGGACACUAGCCAGCCCCAGCUCUCUGCAAGGGGCCACAGUGUGGGACUCCACUCCCAGGCAGAUGCCUGGCAACAUCCCCAAGGUCACCCUGGCUCUAUGAUCCAUGUGGGCAGGGUGCACAGCAGCUCCUUUCCUCCACAGGCUCCUGUCCCGGGGGCAGGUUUGUCUGCUGGAGACAGAAGCCCUGUGCCCAGCUCGGGUGGCUCUGCUGACACGUGUCCUCUGUUCUGCAGGUCAGCACUGACAGCCAGCUGCCUCCUCCAGCCCGGCUGGGUGAGGAUGAGCUGCUGCUGCUCGCCUUCCGCGUGAAGAUCCUGCAGCUCUUCGACAGGAUGCGGGGAUGCCUCACCUUCCCCUCCAGUGAGCAGUGGAACA